AUGAAAUUUAAUUUGGAGGGCCUGACGGUGUACUUUCCAUAUGAGUACAUUUAUCCUGAGCAAUACCGUUAUAUGUUGGAGCUAAAGAGAGCAUUGGACGCCCGUGGGCACUGCCUGCUGGAGAUGCCCACGGGCACCGGCAAGACCAUCACGCUGUUGUCGCUCAUUACCAGCUACCAGCUAGCGCACAAGGAGGUGGGAAAGCUCAUCUAUUGCACUCGAACAGUGCCGGAGAUGGAGAAGGUCCUGGCCGAGCUGGCGGAACUUAUUGACUACCGCGCCAAGUACCUGGGCCGGGGACCCGGAUCCAAUGAGAUUCUUGCGCUGGGUCUGUCCUCUCGGAAGAACCUUUGCAUCCACCCCCGGGUGGCAGAGGAGGGCUCCAGGGAGAGCGUCGAUGCCGGGUGCCGCCGCCUGACCGCGUCGUGGGUGCGUGAGCGUGCAGCGGAGCGGGGUGCGCGUGGCGGCGAGGGAGGCGCCGAGGAGGGUGGCAGUGGUGGCAGCGUGGCGGAUAUUGAGCUUUGUGACUUCUUUGAGGGACAUGAGCGAGCUGGAGUGGAGGCCCUAUUGCCACCAGGCGUGUACACGCUGUCUGACCUGCGUGACUUUGGCCGCAAGCGUGGGUGGUGUCCGUACUUCCUGGCCCGCCACAUGAUGGCUUUUGCCAACGUCGUGGUGUACAACUACCAGUACAUGAUUGACCCCAAGGUUUCACAGAUGGUGUCGCGAGAGCUUGAGAAGGAAUGCGUGGUGGUGUUCGACGAGGCGCACAACAUUGAUAACGUGUGUAUUGAGGCGCUUUCAGUCAACCUGCGGAAGCAGACCCUGGAGGCGGCGGGGAGGAACCUGGGCAAACUGAGCAAUUCCAUUCGUCGCGCCCGUGAAGCCGAUGCGGCCAGGUUGCAGGGCGAGUAUAAUCGGCUGGUGGCAGGGCUUGUCGCACAGGGUGCGCUCCGGGGGGGCGAAGACUGGCUGGCGAACCCUGCGCUGCCGGAAGAUGUCGUGCAAGAGACAGUGCCAGGUAAUAUUCGGCGCGCUGAGCACUUUAUGGGCUUCCUGAACCGGUUCCUAGCUUUCCUGCGCGAGAAGAUGGCUUCGCCAGUGGUAACCAGUCAGACGCCCCAGGUGUUCCUCCAGGAGCUCCAGGAACGGGUGCAAGUAGACGCCAAGACACUCAAGUUCUGUUAUGACCGGCUCAGCUCGUUGCUCAAGACCCUGGAGAUUACGAACACGGACGAGUUCACGCCGAUCCAGUUGGUGGCGGAUUUCGCCACCCUGGUGGGGACGUACGCCAAGGGCUUCGCCAUCAUCAUGGAACCCUACGACGAGCGGCUGCCCCAGGUACCCGACCCCGUGCUGCAGCUGUCCUGUCUGGACGCCAGUCUGGCGAUGAAGCCCGUUUUCUCAAAAUUCCAGUCGGUUGUCAUCACCAGCGGCACUCUGAGUCCGAUCGACUUGUACCCGCGCAUCCUGAACUUCAAUCCAGUGGCCAUCCAGUCCUUCCAGAUGACCCUCACACGGGAUUGCUUGUGCCCGGUUGUGGUGACGAGGGGAGCUGACCAGAUGCCCAUGUCCACGAAGUUUGAGAUGCGGGGGGAUCCUGGCGUGAUGCGCAAUUACGGGCGGUUGCUCGUGGAGCUGUCGGCUGUGGUACCGGACGGCAUCGUCGCGUUCUUCGUUUCGUACCGCUACAUGGACCAGAUCAUCUCCAAGUGGCACGACAUGGGCAUCCUGCAGGAGAUUAUGCAGCAUAAACUAAUUUUCAUCGAGACGCAGGAUGUGGUGGAGACGACUCUGGCGCUGGACAACUUCCGGCGAGCGUGCGACAGCGGCCGAGGAGCGGUCUUCCUGUCCGUGGCGAGGGGGAAGGUGGCUGAGGGCAUUGACUUUGAUCGUCAUUACGGUCGUGCUGUGGUCAUGUUCGGCGUACCGUACCAGUACACGCUCAGCCGCAUUUUGCGGGCCCGUUUAGAGUAUUUGCGCGAGACGUUCCAGAUUAAGGAGAACGACUACCUCGCCUUCGACGCAGUGCGCCAGGCGGCACAGUGCGUAGGACGCGUUAUCCGCAGCAAGGCGGACUACGGCAUGAUGAUAUUUGCUGAUAAGCGUUACCAGCGCCACGACAAGCGCGACAAGUUGCCGCAGUGGAUCACGAGGCAUCUCAAGGAGGCGCACAUGAACCUGUCCACGGACAUGAUGGUGCACGUGGCCCGGGAAUUCCUCCGCGCUAUGGCACAGCCCUAUGACCGCGGUGCCGUUGGCAAGAGCCUCCUCAGCGAGGCAGCACUGGCAGCCCUGGACGCAACUGGAGGGCUGGAUGGAGCUAUUGCAUCCGGGGCGUGA